AUGGUUGAUACUGUUUCCAUCAUCCUUGCGGUCGUAUCCUUGGUGGGGUCACUCAUCUCUGCUGGAUUUACGGGCUGGGUCUCCUUUUAUAUUGACCAAGUCAAACGACGAUCCGAAGCAAAGGCUUUGAUUCACAAAUACAGAGAUCCUCUGACACUAGCUGCUUUUGACCUGCAGUCGAGGCUCUACGGACUCGUUCAACUGGACCUUCUCCACUACCACGAGGACGAGGAGAAGAAGAAUCUCAUCUAUCUUUACUCAGCUUUCCUGGUUGGGCAAUAUCUGUCAUGGACCUACAUUCUUCGACGCCAGGGUCAAUUUUUGAACCUUUCCACAGACAAAUCAAAUAACUUGAACAAAAGACUGGACGAAGUUUUGAGCACAAUUACAAACGAAUUCAGUCUAGACAAUCGCCAAGGAGAGAAUCCAUGGAUGCUAUGGAGAGGACAGCAGAUGGCGAUCGGAGAGUUGAUGACGAAAGAAGAGCAAGGCCAACUUUACUGUAUGGGAUUCGCAGCAUUCGCCCACAGAUACAACACCGAACCGGAGUUCAAGCAUUGGUUCCACUCCAUCGAGGACGGAAUCUCGAUGCUCGUUGAUGCACGUGCGAAGCAAAAUCGGAUCGCUACAUAUAGACUGCGAAGAGUACAGCAUCUGUUGAUUGACCUUGUCAACCUGCUGGACCCUGUACGUCUGCAAUCCUCAGCAAACAAGCAGCACAAGGUGGAUCCCGCACAUGAGUGCUUGUGUAGCGGUUGUCCAAGCCGGAAACAGGAUUACCUUGUUUCGAAGGCCCCGAAACUUGCUGUGUAA